GGCGCGUCUCGGUUCGUCACAGUCGUCACGCGGUGACAGUCAGGGUCGCGUGUCACACCGGUGUCCGUGCUGCGAGCGGUGAUCAGUGACCUUGGGUCGUACGGGUGCCACCAUGAGGGUGAAGCUGCUGUUGCCGCUGCUGUCGCUGCUGCUGCUCUUCACCGUCCUGACUGCCGAGCCGAUAUUGUUUCCUGACAACCCCGAGUAUCCGUCGUAUAAGGACCGCACCACCACUAGCACCAGACCGCCGUUGGUGGUGCACAACCCCCGGCAGCAGAAGAGCCUUUUCAGGGGCGGAGGGGCACGCGCACCGGGAGCAGACCCGAACCGGAAGAAGCAGUUGACGCCCGUUAUCACCACUCGGAAGUCACAGCGCAACUUCCGGUACGACCAGCGGCGGCGGGAGCAACAGCGCAACUCGAACCUGCCGCUGGUGGGCGUGCUGCCAUCUGGUGGCGACCUCCGCAGCGCGGGCAGCCGGCCGUCGCCGGUCACCACUCGGGACGGCACGCCUGUCGUCAUGGAGAUGGGCGCUAACGUGGGCCGGCAGUGUCCACGGCCAACCGGCAGGUUCCCGAUCAUGCGCCAAUGCGGCAAGUACCUCGAGUGCUCGUUCAACACGGGCUACGUGCGCUCCUGUUCGCCGGGCACGCUGUUCGACUACCGCAGCACCACCUGCAACUUCCCGCACGAGGUCCGCUGCGUCGACGACUUCGAGCUGUACGACGGCUCUGUGGACCAGGUGAGCGCCGCCUCCACGCUGCCUCCACUGACGCCCUCAGUCAUGGAGCGUCCCACCGCCAGCAUCAACCCGGACGGCAGCGUCUCCUCGCAGUGUCCGCUGCCGGCCGGCAUGUUCGCCGUGCCGGGCAGGUGCGGAGAGUUUCUUAACUGCUGGAACGGCCGCGGCCACGUGCAGCGCUGCGCUCCGGGAACGCUGUUCAACUGCCACACGGAGAAGUGCGACUUUCCGCACAAAGUUCGCUGCGUGCAGCGUGACAGGGUGCAGGCGCCCAUGAUCGACAUCUCGGAGUUCGCGCGGUUCGGUCCGUCUGGCUCGGCAGGUGUCGCUGCCCGCUCAAGGUUCGGCGCCGUGAUGGCGCCACCGUCGGGCCAGCGACUCCGCAUCCGCGGCGGCCGCUCCAUCGCCCAGGGUUAUGUUCAGCUGUACCACGAGGGCCAGUGGAACCACAUCUGCGAGAACGGCUUCGAUCAUCACAUGGCUGACACUGUCUGCUGGGACCUGGGAUUCACAAGAGGCUCGAAACAACUGAGCAUGAAGACAUCUCUCCGCUUCAAGCUGGACAAGAGCAACCGUCUGCUGUCGCUGGACUGCACGGGCGAUGAGAUGCACAUUUACGAGUGUCAGAAGAGAGCGCAGGACACCUGCAAAGUCGUGGGUGUCCGCUGCGAGGAGAACACACUCUCGUCAUGCCCGGAGGGCUACACUUUGUUCGAGGAGCACUGCUAUAAGGUCCACCCUACCCAGCCCACGUCACGUCAAGACGCCCUGAUGACCUGCGAGAGGGAGGGCGGCAGCCUGCUCGCCAUCGAGAGCCAGGCGGAGAGCGACUUUGUGAGCGAACUGCUGCAGUACCUGCCCAACAUCGGCUGUCUACAUACGUCUGGCGUGGGUGUCAACAUCUUCCGCCGGGUCGUCUGGAUCUGGGAGAACUCCUCCGAUGCCGUCGACUUCCAGCGCUGGUGGCCAGGCUGGAACCGACAGGCUGAGGGCCAGGCGCCAGCUGCAGGCAGGUCCACUGUCUGUCCUGACCUUGCAGAACGUGUUUCCGUCACCUCCGCUCAGCAGCCGUGGGCCCCGGGAAGUGCUGAUCCUAUUCUUGGCCACCGCAGGUCAACACGCACCAGACCGGAGGUCACUCGAAAUAUCGACGCCGGAUACUUCUGGUGGACAGCCAGUGACUGCCUGGAGAAGCUCGCUUUCGUCUGCGAGGCGCCUCAGUCCGAUAUAGGGUGUAUGCGGGAGACCGGCGUCGACUACAGAGGGAAGGCCUCAGCUACCGAGUCAGGGCAGCCGUGUCUGAACUGGAACGAUCCGCAGAUCGCCGACCUCGCCUCCCAGCUGAGUCUCAACACGGAGAUGAUCGGGGACCACAACUACUGCCGGAACCCGGACAACGACGACCGACCGUGGUGCUUCAUCAAGUCUCGCGGCUAUGACCUGUGCGACAUACCGCGCUGCCAGAAGAUGGCGCACACCGAGACGACGGCGGAACUGGUCCCAGCUAUUGCCCGAAGACAAGAAGAUAACGGCUGUGGAGAGAACAUGUUCCAGUGCCAGCCGGGAGAGUGCAAGUUCUUCUCCUGGGUCUGCGACGGGGAGAAGGACUGCAGCAACGGGAAAGAUGAAUCCGACUGUCACAAUCACCUACAAGACUACAAGCUCACGCGUGGAGCCAAGCUAGUCGGUUAUGACGUGGAGAAGUGGCUAUUCACCGAGCUGAAGACAUGUGCCAGACGCUGCUCCGAGACCAAAGACUUCCUUUGCCGGGCCUUCAACUACCUGCAGUCGGACGAGACGUGCUUCCUGCUGGACUCGAACGUGGCGCUCUCGGGCGCCAUCGAGACUGAUCCCGAGUUCGAGCUGUAUGAGCUGCACUCCGAGAUCCCAGACUGCAGCGACAAGUUCAUCUGUCCACGUGGCAAGUGUCUUAACGCCAGCCAGGUGUGCGACGGUCGUCGGGACUGUGUGGACAGUGCCGAUGAGGCGCGCUGUCAGUCCAAAAUCGACUUCGACAUUCGUCUGGUCGGAGGGAAGAGGCCAAGCGAAGGUCGCGUGGAGGUCAGAGCUCUGGGCCAGUGGGGUGUCAUCUGCGACGAUCUGUUCUCUACUGUGGAUGCUGACGUCAUCUGUCGAUACAUGGGCUACCCACUCGGCGCCUCGGAGGCGGUGACGAACGCCGGCUUCGGCGCCGGCAACGGCCGGUUCCUGAUGGACGACCUGAACUGUCGUGGUGACGAGCAGUCCCUUGCCGACUGCGACUUCGCCGGCUGGGGCAAGACAGACUGCACCGAGGCCGAGGUGGCGGGGGUGAAGUGCCGCGAGGCCGGCGAGGUAUGCACCAGCGACCAGUGGCGUUGCCGCAACACCAAGUGCAUCGCCCUGACGUACGUCUGCGACCAAGUGGACGACUGCGGAGACUUUUCCGACGAGGAGGACGAGCUGUGCAAGCUGCCGCUGCAGGUGCGCCUGGUGGGCGGCACCAAUAGUUCGGGACGGGUGGAGCUUCGCUACAAGGGCGUCUGGGGCACCGCCUGUGAUGACGACUUCGACUCAGAGGAUGCUCAGGUGCUCUGCAGGAUGCUUGGCUUCGAGGGGGCGGCCGUUGUGCACCAGAACGCCAAGUUUGGACCGGGUACCGGCCAGAUCUGGCUCGACCAGGUCAACUGCAAGGGAACAGAGAAGAGUGUCGAUGAGUGCUACCAUCUGCCCUGGGGUCAGAGUAACUGCGCUCACGAGGAAGACGUGGGCAUCAGCUGCCACGCCAGUCCUACCUCGACCAACAAGGUGGCAAGACCGACUGACCGUCCUGUGCUGAACAAUACGCUGCCGGCGUGGUGCGGCCGGCGAGUUGUCCCAGACACACCGAUCGUACCUCUGGACCAGAACCCGAAGAUCGUCUCCGGGAAGACAACUGAGCCCGGCUCCCACCCGUGGAUGGUGGGGGUGCGGAUCAGAGCCGGCGCCGAGACGGCGCACUGGUGCGGCGCCGUGAUCGUCUCCGAGUAUCACAUCAUCUCGGCCGCCCACUGCCUGCUCGACUACCCGCAGCAGGUGUACGUGCUCCGCGUCGGAGACUAUGACAACCAGGUUGAAGAUUCGGAGGAGGAAGAGUUUACCAUCGAGAGAAUGUAUCCUCAUCCGGAAUUCAACAAGGGCACCUACCUGAGCAAUGAUAUUGUCAUCAUCAGGGUCAAGUCAAUCCGAGGGCGGGGCAUCCGGUUCGGUGCGAUGGUGCAGCCCGUCUGCCUGUCUCCGGCAACACUGGCUUACAAGCCGGGGAAGAAGUGCACCAUUGCUGGCUGGGGUAGCACCGGUCGACGAGCAGGUUACGCCCGGCGUCUGCAGUCAGUGGUGUUGCCGCUCCUGCCCAUCAGUACCUGCACGGCACCAUACGUGUAUGGAGAGCGCAAAAUCACCGAUGGCAUGUACUGCGCCGGAUACCUAGAAGGAGGCAUCGAUACGUGCCAAGGAGACAGCGGUGGGCCCAUGGUGUGUCAGCACGAGGGCGUGAGCGUGCUGUACGGGGUCACCAGCUGGGGUCAGGGCUGCGCCAGGGCUAACAAGCCGGGCGUCUACACCAAGAUCACCGAAUACCUCAACUGGAUCUACCGCACGAUCGAGGAGGAUUCGCAUCCGUAGAGCGCUACGUCAUACUAUGUUGCGCGGGCAGAGGAGGCAUGGGAGUAAUUCUGCUGACGUUUGACAGUUGACUACGUUUUCGUGUUGUGCUCGUGUGAUGGCUUACAUUGAUAUGAACUGUGACACACACGCGAGUGUGAAUUAUGUGCUGCCCAGGGCUGGUUUAUCAGCAGAGCCAUGGGCGGCAUUGACAUCCAAGGAUGUCGCCUCUGUUCAGUCGCUAUUAAGAAGCGGGGAGGAGAGGGGUCAGCCCCCAACUCUGGUAAAAAAGCGGGCAAAAUUCGGGGAAGCACCUUUUAAGCCCCCUCCCCCAAUUUAUUUUGCGGAACUACGCCCCUGUUGGCAGCCUGACCUCAACAGAUUAGGCGGAACGACUGGAAGCCCAUUCUUUCGAUGGACAAAUAUAUUCCUGCGGCUACAACUAAAUUGUAAUGCGACGAAAUACAGCUAGAAACGUCUACAACGUGGAGAUUGUAUUAUUGGGCCAGCCACGUUGACCAUGGUCGUGUGUUUCUGCGAUGUGCUGCGGUGUUCUAAGCACUAGUCCCGUUGCGCCGGGCUGAGCCGCAUGCGGAGGCGGCGCUGAAGUUUUGUCAAGUUAUGUUAAGGCGUUAGGAGUUUUUAGACUCGAGCUUAUUCAGAGAAUGGUUUCAAAACCAUCAGUGCUCGUUUCAAACCACGUGAAGAACCUGAAGGUGGUAGAAGUAGGACGUGCGCCACUCAUUUUGACAUGCUGCGAUACGUAUGUGUAAUCUGCGUAGAAACUUGAAGUGCAUACAUCCUGAGGGGUAACUUUCGAAGCUAAGUGUCAGGUUAGGAUGUGUCACAAUAUGUAAGUGCGCUAUAUCUGUUGUCGUCACUUUGGCAACAAUAAAUGUUGGUCACCACCAUACCCACAUGG